AAGGAAGCUCAUCAUAUUGCACACAUCAAUGAGGCUUUCGCUUCACAAUCGGCGUAUUGUCUUUUCGACAACUUCUCAUCGAUUUGCAGUGGCGGGUCAAUUGCCAUCUCGCAUCCCCUUAAAAUAACUGGUAUUCGUCAAGUCGUGACGGGUCUCGCAGAGUUGAACUGCAGGGGUGAGAGGCUCCUUUGCACAAGCAUGUGUAUCGGGAGU